CAACAGCAGACAAAAUUUUAACACAUUUCCAACUUACACAGUUCUGACAGUGACAGAUAGUACGGAGAUAUGAGUUUCACAAUUGCAAAAGUCACAACAGAUGAAAGCUGCCAACCCGACGAAACUUUAAUUCUCAAAGUGACCACAGACUCAACCAAUGACACGCAAAAACAAAACUUUGACUUGAAACUGGAAAACAACGUGAUGAAAUGCAAGAUUCAAAAUGAACCGGGGAGCCAAGAGAUUCAGAACAAAGGUAAAGAAGAAAAAAACACAGAAGCCUGUCUGAAUAAAAACAAUGACCCAGGAGGUGCACAGUCAGUGGAGCAAAAUCCUUCCUUCACAACUAUGUCAUUACAAGCACUUCUACGUACGGAAACCUUGGAGAAUUUCGAAGGGAAGUUAUGUGAAGAUCAACGACCAAGCACCAAGCGUCAGCUGUCUGCUGAGAGCGCAGCAAAGUCUGUAAGCGUAAGGAAGAGAAGCACUGUGAAGAAAUGCCAGGAGGAGACUGUGAAACCCCUCAUCAUCCCCAGCACACAGACCGCCAGACACCACGUACCUGCUGUCUCUCAGAGGAAACCCAGAAAACUGCUGUUCUCCACUACAGAGAUUUUCAACAAAAUAGACACAUUCGCUAUUGAGAAAGGAAAAGAGCUGAGGGAGCUGGAAGUGUUCAAUGCUCAGAGUAUUGCUCGUGCGGUCACUGAAGGGGCCAGAAAUGAUCUGGAAAAACUCAGGGCCAUAUGGAUCUGGCUGUGCCAUAAUAUUGAGUAUGAUUUAGAGGGAUACCUUGGUCUUUCUCAGAAGAUCUUCUCACCUGAGGAGGUCAUAAGGACGGGAAAAGGUGUAUGUAGUGGAUAUUCUUACCUCUGUGUUGAAAUGUGCAGGGAGGUGGGCAUUGACUGCGUGGAGGUGAGUGGGUACAGCAAAGGCAUGGGAUACCAGACCAGGCACAGUUUAGCUGAGAAGCGCUCCGAUCAUGAAUGGAAUGCUGUCUUCGUGGGGGGCCAGUGGGGUUUGCUAGAUGCUUGCUGGGGUGCUGGAACUGUCAACAUGAAAACUCAAACAUUUUUGAAAAGGUAUGACGACUAUUAUUUUCUGACCGAACCCAGUGAGUUCAUAAACUCACAUUUCCCUGACGACCAGAGCUGGCAACAACUUAGCACGCCAAUCUCCAUGGAAGAGUUUGAAGCGAGACCCCUGAAGACCUCAGCAUUUUAUCAAUUUGGAUUGACCCUCUCACAACCCACAAAGUACAAAACAACCACAGACGACGGGGAAGCGAUUGUGUCCAUGAGCUUCUCUAAUCCACUGACCUUUACCUAUGCGAUGAGGCAGCGGGACACCUUGACAGGAGCUCCAAAGCAGGAGGAUGUUGAAAGCUCCUGUGGUCUACUGUCAGUGACUCGCCAAGGGAUGAAGCUGCGUUUGUUGCCCCCAGAACCAGGAGUCUACGAGGUGCAGCUAUUCGCCCGGCGAGAGGGUGUACCUGGUACUCUGCGCUGGGUUUGCUCUCUUGAGCUAGAUUGUCCAAGUAUCCACCAGAGGCAGACGCUACCCGAUAACCCCUAUGUGAACUGGGGCUUAGCAGCCGGGGCACUUGGCCUCGGGGUCAAGGGCUGCAGCGUCAAAGGAGGAGAAGCUCUAGAGGUGGGUGAGGGUGGGGAGUGCAAGGUGAUCCUAGAAACAUCACGAUCACUGAUGGUGGUGUGUGAGCUCACGCACCACGAGCUCGACAGUGCUGCAGCCAAGCGCUGCCUUGCAUUGCAAAUAGCAUCAGACCAGCUGGUGUGCAAUGUUAUCUGCCCGUACAAAGGGUUUUACCGUCUGUCUGCGUUCGUACGGGAUUACAAUGAUGCAAGUGGGACUUUUCAAAACGUCGGGAACUACCUGCUGCAUUGUCGCGGUCAAGGGCUGAAUCCGAAAGUGCUGUAUCCCGACGACCUGGGCUUGUGGUGUGGACCUGGGACGCGUACCCAAGAAGCCGGACUUUCCCAUUUUAGCCACACAGGGGCGAUAGUCAAUGCACCGCAGGGCCGUUGCAACAUCACCUUCCAUCGUGCGUCUCCAGACUUUCAAAUACACGCAGCAUUCUGUGGUGAGCAGCACAAGGAGGCACGUUUCCCUCUGUCCCGGUAUGUACUCCUGACAUUUACAGACACUAAGGUAACCGUGAGCGUGUGUACGCCUGGAGCUGGGGUCUAUCGCCUGGGGCUUUAUGGACGGAAAGCAUCUCAACAAGACUACAUGUUGCUGUGUGACUAUAUUAUAAAAAAUGUGUGUGAGAGGCAAGGAGAGCCAUUCCCUUGUGUGUAUUUGGCUUGGGGAAAAGGAUGCGUGUUGCUGGAGCCACGUGCAGGUGUGCUGGCUCCCCAAAGUUUGGUGAGUUUUCGUGUGCGGGUUCCGGGUGCACAUCGAGUGUGUGUUAUGGGAGAAAAACGUACGGAUUUGAAAAUGAAUAAGAGCAGAGUUUGGGAAGGUGAAGCUCUCACUGGAAACGCCACACAACUCAAGCUCGCUACUGUCACCAAGGACACCAAUGAUAUGGAUGUUCUCAUGACCUUUGAUGUUCUUAACCUGGAGAAUGAGAUGUGAACAGAUCUUAAGAGGAUGAAGGCUGCUUUUACACUCCAGGAACACAUGCUUUAAAUCUUUUUAGAUUCACAGUAAAAUAUUCUCUCUUUUUUUAAACAAAACUCAGUUCCUUUAAUUGCUUGUCAUGAUAGUCAUAACAGAAAUAUUGGAGACGUUUGCUACAAAACGCAUACAAUACUGUGCAAAAGUCAUGGUGCAUUCAUUCUAAAAACAGUUGGGUUAUUUUUAAACCAUCGUUGGGUCAAAAAAGAAACAAACCAAGCCACUGGAUUAAAUUAACCCAGCAAAUGGUUUAUAUUUUAUCCAGCAUUGGUUAAAAACAACACAGAAUUUUGGGUUGAAACAAGCCAGGAUCAUUUAUAACCCAUAGGUUGCGUCUCUUUUUGACCCAAUGCUGGGGUAAUUUUUUUUGACAAAAACGUUAUUCAAUAUUAUUAUUUUAUAACUUCUUCUUCAAUGCGUCGGAAUGAAAAACAUUUUUAGAUUUCUGAGUCAUAAAGGCGAACCCUCCAAAGCCCUGAUUUUAACAUCAUCAAAUUAGCAAGAGAUUACAUGAGGAGAACUCAUAGAGGAAUUGUGACAAGUUCUGACAAAAACUUGCUGCCAACUACCUUAAAAAAUACCUUUGCACAAGUGUGCUUAUUAUUGGUGCUGGUCACACCAAAUAUUUAUUUAGUUUUUACUGCAAUGUAUAAGCAGAUAAAUAAUAUAUAAAAACGAUUUGUUCCAUUCUUUUUGAAAAACAUUCAGUGCAUCAUGCAUUUUGUGCCUACAACUUUUACACAGAUUGUAAGUAUUUUAAGUGGCAAAUGAAAAUAAUAUUUUAAGUAUGGUACAAUUUUAUAAUUAAAAAUAUUAUUUUAAAGUUUGCAUGAAGUUUGCACUGAAGCUCGUAGUGAGAACGAAAUGUGAGGAAAUGGUUGAUUUAGUUACAGCAUAAAGACAAAAAUACUGUAUUUGAUCUACAGUUUAUAUUCAUAUUUCUAAAAUAUGUUUCUUACGACAUUUAUGUCGAUAUCUGUGAAGUGUAAACUUGAAAUGUAGCAACAGAAAAAAGCCUGUCUCCUCACUGCUCUUGGAAACCGUUGAGGAUAAAAUUAAACUCACCUGAUGAAAAAGCUCCUGCACUUCAGUUUGUGCAACAAAAGAGACUAUUAUUAUUUUCUUUACAUCAUCCCCCUGGAGUGAUCAAAGAGCAGAAAUCAUCUGCCACAUUCAGUUACAAAAUCCUCUGCAUAUGCAAUACAUGUACAUCAAAAUAUUAACAAAUAUGGAAAUGCUUUGAUGUUACAGAGGAUAUAUACCCUAGAGAGAGAUGGUUUGAAAGACAUACCACUCCAGUUGCAAUCAAUGUUGCAAUCUCAUAUAUCUGCACUAUAUGGAGCCACAGAGGAAAAGCAGGCCUGAGUUGUGUUUACAUGAUGUUGUUAUAACAACAGAGCAUUAGGAAUGAGACCUUGAACUUGGCUCUCUAGCUAUUGAGAAACAAUGGCUGCUAUGUGUCCAAAGGGUGGGUACCAUCUCCAGGGGGAAAUGAAGAGAGUCUGAUGUAAGCUGAAAGAAAUGUGGGUAUUGUAUCUGCAAGAGGGUAAACGUAUUGUGUUUUGGACCCACGGUGGAUCCAUUGCGCAAACAGCUGAGGUUGUGUUUGACGUGUGUGUGGAUGGUCACAAU